AUGAUCAAAGACGCUGGAUUUGAGCAUGUUAUAAAAUAUUUUGAUGAAGAUGGUGAUGGAAAAGUUUCAUCAACAGAACUACGACAAAAGCUUAUACUAAUGGGAGAGGAUCUUUUGUUGAAAGAAGCUGAAAUGGGUAUUGAAGCAGUGGAUUCAGAUGGUGACCGUUAUUUGAGUUUGGAGGAUUUAAUUGUGUCGAUGGAGGAAGGUGGAGAGGAACAAAAGUUGAGAGAUUUGAAAGAAGCAUUUGAGAUGUAUAAUGAUAAUGAUAAGUGUGGCUUUAUAACACCAAAGAGUUUAAAGAGGACGUUUAAGAAGAUGGGAGAGUCUAAAUCUAUUGAUGAAUGUAAAAUUAUGAUUAAACAUUUUGAUUUGAAUGGGGAUGGUCUCCUUAACUUUCAUGAAUUCACAAUUAUGAUGAGCUGA